AUGAAGAGCCCCCGGUGCACUUCAAGGCAUACCAAAUGUCUCGUCAUUUUCAGCCUUUGCCUGGGACUCAUCUUCCUGUCGGGAUUCUUCCAUAUGAAGCACAAAGACUACAUAAUCUCAAAGAGCCACGAGGAACUGCUGAUACCUUUCGUGCCUUGCCAUGCCAAGACUAACGUCAUGUUCCUCAAAACCCACAAGACGGCCAGCAGCACCGUCCUGAACAUCAUGUUCAGGUUUGCAGAGAGGUACAACCUCACCGUCGCCCUGCCAGCUGACCAGCUUGUCCACCUGGGCUACCCAAACACCUUCCUGGCCCACUUUGUGGAGGAAUUCCAAGCCAUAGGACAAAACUAUAACAUCAUGUGCAACCACCUGCGGUUUAACCCCUCCGAGGUGCAAAAGGUGAUGGCAGCAAACACCUUCUACUUCUCCAUCCUGAGGAACCCCAUUCCUUUGCUGGAGUCUUCCUACAUCUACUACAAGGACACUGUCCCUGCCUUCAGGAUCUCCAGAGACGUGAACGAGUACCUGGCGUCACCCAUGAAGUAUUAUCAUCCAGCAGAUUACAAGCAAAACAUCUAUGCCAGGAAUAUCAUGUGGUUUGACUUUGGCUAUGAUAACAAUGCAGAGGACAACAGAAAGUACAUUCAGGCAGUCUUGGAGGAGAUCGAACAGAACUUCCACCUGAUCUUGAUAGCAGAAUACUUUGAUGAGUCCAUGAUCCUCUUGAAGCACACUUUGUGCUGGGAUCUGGAUGAUGUGGUUUACUUUAAGCUCAAUUCCAGAAGCCAGGACACUGUCCAGACCUUGACUCCAGAAAGCGAGGAGCAGAUAAAAGCAUGGUGCUCACUUGACUGGAAUCUCUACCUGCACUUCAACCAGAGCUUCUGGAGGAGAAUUGAGGAGACUGUAGGCCUUGAGGAGCUGGAGAAGGAGGUGAGUCGCCUGCGAACAAGACAGAAGGAGCUCAUGGAGACCUGUCUCUUGGACCAGGAGGCAGUGGGGAAGGAUCACAUCAAGAACAAAGCUCUCCUACCUUUCCAGUCAGGGGAUGCAAAUAUCCUUGGGUACAACCUCAAACAAGGCUUAGACAACAGGACACUGAGAACCUGCCAGAAAAUGGUUAUGCCAGAGCUCCAGUACACAUCCUAUCUUUACGCUGUUCAACACCCGCACAAGAAGAGGAAGCAGCUAGGCUUGCCCCUGCUGUGGACCACUUUCCAGGAGAAGAUGCAGCCCCCAACUCCCAAUUAG